CGCUAAGCAUCUUCAACAUCUACCCUAGCUUCUCCCCACAAAGGCCUGCUCCGUCCAUGCAUUCAGGGCGACUCAUCAGAAUUUCAGAGCAACCGCGGCUUGACGGCUUACGUUUGCUGCUCUUGAAUGGAUAUUAAGACCCACUCGAGAAAUUGACUGAUUUCGAGCUUGUCCUCUUUAUCGACGAGCACUCCUCGCAAGCGAAUUGUCAAAAUGGAAUCGACAGGGUUGCGGGUACUGAUGAUGCCGUCAUGAUGCAUAACCAUAAAUCGUGCAACUGGUUAUUUACAUAAAAGUGCUGAUAACAUGUAAUAGCUUCAAGCCGUUCAGACGAACGGCAAUAACUCUUAGGAUCCGACUCUUCCCUCGUGUAUAUCAAGCCCAGCCAUUCGUUUUUGCGUCUUUUACGUCUGGGUUAAGGCUCACCCGCACCAUGAUGACAAGUGUGCAUCCUAACGCACAGGCAGGCUUCGCGACUGGGACGAGUGAAUCAUACGAUCGGUGGGUGGACUAUUUUCCCGGUCCGUAUUCGUUAAUCCUAUUGAUUUGGAUGCAUCUAGGGUUCGCCCCUCGUAUCCAGCCGAUUGUGUUUCGUAUGUUCGCAGACAGGUACCCAAGAGCACAACGCCGUUGGAAAAUCGUCGAGAUUGGGGCAGGAACGGGCAUUUUCACCCGUGCCUUGUUGACUCACCCCGAAUGGGCGACGAGUAUUGGCACUCUGAGAGCCAUUGAACCAAGCGAGGGCAUGCGUAAUUAUUGGACGAAGUGCGUCCAAGACCAUCGCUGUACUAUUGUCAACGGGACAUUUGAUAACACCGGCGUGGAAGAUGGGUGGGCAGACCUCAUUAUCAUCUCGCACAGGCGAGCAUUUCAUUGGUGUCUCGACUAUGGGAAGGCAUUCACUGAGUUCGCUCGUAUCUUGAACAAGGACGGGGCGGCUGUAUUUGUAUGCGCUGCAGGGAGGGCUGCAGGUUGGGUUGCGCAGGUCCAGCAUUGUAUCGAGGCCCGUGGGAACGGCAGUCCCCGAUUUCGCCUCGAUGUCUUGAGGCAGGCGUUCUCUACCCCCGAGUACACGUCGUUAUUUCAUCCCCAGGAAGAGAAACAAUGGGCUCAUCAUGGUGAUCGCGUCCUCAGUUGGAGUUAUAUUGCAGUGCUCCCUCCAGAUGAGAAGGCCAAGGUAGCGGAGGGCAUCAAAGUUAUUCUUGAGCGAGGAGAUGGUAAAGUCUGGAUCAACAAGGAGCAAGGGCACGUAUCAGGACCCGCAUAUGGCUCGCGUAAUGAUAUCAAGAAAGAAGUAGAACUUGUUAAGUAG